UGCAAUUAUAUUGAUGUUCUUUCAGCUAGUUCAAGCCUUACGGCUGGUGGUCAUUGUCGCGAUUACAAUGGUAAACUUUAUGAGACCGGUAUGCACUAUAUGCCUGGACCGGAUUCAUGUCGUCUGUGUAUAUGUGACAGUGGUCUGCCGAAAGCCUGUAAAAUGGUAUUGUGUGAAGCGUUUACCAAAUGUAAAUCAUUUCAAACGGUCGGUUCAGGCAAUAAUUGCUGUGAGGUGAUCUGUCUCGAUGAUCAGCUAACCGAUGGUAGUACAGACUUUGGAGUUUGA